AUGGCUCUCCCACUCGUCUGGCUUGGAAAUUACACCUUCUUUCCUAUAGGCACCACCUCGGCUGUGUGCCUGACAAGAGAUCUCUCCCCUGAAGAACGUGCUGAUGUCCUUCUGCUUGGAUGCGGUGAUCUUAGGAGCGUCUUGUACACCAUCUUCUGCGAAGCCGAGAAAAGGCGCCGGCUUGACUUCACUUGUUGCGACCUCGAUCCAGGCGUGCUGGCCCGCAAUGUGCUACUGUUGACCAUGAUCGCCGACAAUACAUACCCUGUCACCACUAUCGUAUGGAAUAUGUUCUACCAUAUUAGUUUGGACGAAGAGUCCCAUACGGCCUUGAUCACCCAAUGCAAAAAGCUGAUCAAUUUCUCCGACAAUCUUCAAUGUUGGAACUCGUCUCCCUAUGGCGCGUUCACAAGAAUGUGCACAGAGUACACGCUGGCGCAGCUUCGACGAUACUGGGUGUUAUAUGUCGGCAUGCAGAAUAUGCCGACUGAGCGUAAACAGUCUCUUCGCGAAACUCUCUUAAAGGAAUAUCAAGUUGCCCCUGCUGCCCUUUUCUGGAUGGCCUCACGUUCGGCUGGCCCCUUCAGACUAUCGGCAUUCGAGUCCAACGUGAAGUUUGGGCAAUACUGGGAUGCGGGCGUGACAUUUUCAGAUCCCGCACAGAUUGCGGCUGCGACAUAUCUCAAUCCGACUUUUGUCUACUCCUUCGGCGGAGAAGGCUGUAUUGUCUACCCCUUCACGCACCCGACUGUCGAUUUCCAUCUCGCAUCAGUGGUCGGUAAUAGCUAUGGUUCAGCAGACGUAUUUGAUCUGGUCAAGGCCGCCCAGAUGCAAUUCUACGAUUGGUGCUCAGCCUUCCGAGCUUCCAUCUGCUCUACCAGACACCCUACUCCCGUCAUUCGUAUUCUACUGGCGGAAGCAACUGCAGCAUGCUAUGCGUUCCAGUCCUUCCGCACCGCAAAAACUGCUUCUGCGAGUGUACUCGUUGGCCCUUGGACCACACAAACCAUCCAACUCAGCAAGGAGGAUUAUCCAUCUCGGAGUGCCCCUAUACGCUUCAACGUGAUUGAUGCGUCCGACCUGGAAGACAAUGUCGGACUCUUGAAUAUCCUGACUGCGGUGGUUCCACUAUUAUCACAUCCUUCCAGAUGCAGCGUUCUGUAUACUGAAUCUCAACAUUACCAAACCACGGGUGACCAGAGCCUCGUCUACGAGGAUGGGACGGGCAAGCCUCUCCCACAUGACGAUGGUGCCAGAGAUUUCACACAACGGGUGUACGCGGACAUGACAACCAUCGCCCUCGUGGUAGGUGUGUGCCCCGUCGACUAUCUGUCGUGCUUCAGUUCGCAUUGCAAUACGGAUGAGCUGAUUGUCCGCACGUUAUUUCGACAAACCGGCGAUUCGGCGUUGUUUCACCAGAACUUGACUUGGAGGGUACCGGCUUCCGGAGAUACCACAGCCAGACCGGACAAAUGUUCGUACCGAGCUAUCCCAGGAGCUCUCGUGUUCACACCACGACAGCUUGGAACACUGCUCUUCAACAUGUAUUGCCGAAUGUUCAACCACGAAGAGGAGAGGCUUUUUUUUGGGCAGGAUGGUCCGUUGUCAACGGUCGAAGCAGUUUCCCUCCAGUGCAACAUUGUCCAUAACACAAGCGAAAGCUUCAUUCUGUUCCUUAAAUUUGUCAAGCAAACGCAUCAACUCACGGAUGAUGGAUGGGCUGAAGUGAUGGACCAACUCAUCGGUUUGCGCGAGACCCGGGACCAGGCCUUUACGCAGCAAAGGAGCGAUUACCAGGAGUUGCUCGCGCAACUGUAUCGACAUGGACUCUACAUGCAUGCCCCAAUGCUAGCAGCGGCGCCGAAAUGCAGUCUUUUGUCGACAUGGGAGUCCGUGCCUCUUCUUCUUCGCAUUGUCUUCACCGUUCCACGGCAAAGCUUGACUGUCCUUGAUCGAGCAGAAGUAGAGUAUGUGGCCCGCAGGAGCUCUGUCAUGCUGCAGGGUGAAGUCAGUGCUGCAAUGGAUACAUGUCGGUUCAUGCUGCUUUUGGGAAUGCAAUCAAAACGGGUACGGAUGCUUGUCCUUCGGUGA